AUGAACUCAAUCGCAUUUGGGUUUGUUUGGUUCUUGACACACAUCAGUUCUUUCUCUUUUUCUCUCAACCCUGAUGGUCUCUCUCUCCUGGCCCUCAAAGCCGCCAUAACCACCGAUCCAACUCGAGUCCUCGCCACCUGGUCCGAAUCAGAUUCAACCCCAUGUCACUGGCCUGGAAUCUCAUGUGAUCGACACCACCGAGUCACCUCCAUUUCUCUCUCCAACAAAGGCCUCAUUGGCUACAUUCCUUCUGAGCUCGGUGCUCUUCUUACUCUCUCCUCUCUUUCCCUCUCCCAAAACAAUUUCUCCAAUCCUAUCCCUGUCCACCUCUUCAAUGCCACCUCUCUUCUCUAUCUUGACCUCUCUCACAACUCUCUCUGUGGACCCAUUCCACAGCAGAUCAGCACCCUCAGAGACCUUACUCACCUUGACCUCUCCUCCAACCAUCUGAAUGGGUCAUUACCAGAGAGUCUCAGCAAUCUGACCCAUCUCGUCGGAACCCUAAAUCUCUCCUACAAUAUAUUCUCCGGCGAAGUUCCGGCAUCCUACGGACGAUUCCCAGUAAUGGUGAGUUUGGACCUACAGCACAACAACCUCACCGGAAAAAUACCUCUGGUGGGUUCACUGCUAAACCAAGGACCCACUGCAUUCUCUGGAAAUCCUAAUCUUUGUGGGUUUCCAUUACAAACGCAAUGUCCAGGACCAGAAGCUCAAAACCCUAGGUCGAUUUUUACAAACCCCGAAAACCCAAGUUUGCCAAAUGGGUUUGUAGAGAGAGGAAAUGUGAGAAAUGGGUCGGUGACAGUUUCUUUGAUUUCCUCUGUUUCGGUGGUCAUCGGCAUUGUGUUCGUUUCGGUGUGGGUGAUUCGGAAAAAGUGGAGAUCUACCGAGGGCAAAACGGGAAAGGAAAAGUUAGAGAAGGAAGUGGGCAGCAGUAGUAGUAGUAUUGAGGGGCAAAAGGGUAAAUUUGUGGUGAUGGAUGAAGGAUUUGGGUUGGAGUUAGAGGAUUUGUUGAGGGCAUCGGCGUACGUGGUGGGGAAGAGCAAGGGUGGGAUAGUGUAUAAGGUGGUGGUGGGUGGCGGGAGGGGAUCGGGUGUGGCAGGUGCAGCUGUUGCGGUGAGGCGGCUAAGUGAGACUGAGACUAGGUGGCGUUUCAAGGAUUUUGAGUCCGAGGUUGAGGCCAUUGGCAGGGUCCACCACCCGAAUAUCGUGCGGCUGAGAGCUUACUACUAUGCUAGUGAUGAGAAGUUGCUGAUCACUGAUUUCAUCAGCAAUGGGACCUUGUACGCUGCGCUACAUGGAGGGCCUGACAAUUCCUUAUCAUCAUUGUCAUGGAUAUCAAGGUUGAAGAUUGCUCAAGGCACUGCAAGAGGUCUAGUACACAUUCAAGAAUGCAGCCCUCGUAAACAUGUUCAUGGGAACUUAAGAUCAUCAAAAGUCCUUCUUGACGAUGACUUGCAGCCUUACAUCUCUGGUUUCGGUCUCACUCGUCUUGUGUCAGGUGCCUCGAAAUCCACUAAUUCAGCUUCCAAAAAGCAAUCCUCAAACCAAAUUGUAGUAAGCCCGAAGAAUUCAACUUCUUCAUCCAUCAUGUACGUGGCACCUGAAGCUCGAGUGCAAGGUAACAAGUUCACACAAAAAUGCGACGUGUAUUCUUUUGGAAUCGUUCUGUUGGAGAUUUUAACUGGUCGAUUACCUGAUGGUGGGCCGGAUAGCAAUGGUAAAGGACUAGAGAGCCUUGUGAGGAAGGUGUUUAGAGAAGAACGACCCUUGUCAGAGAUUAUAGACCCUGCUCUCCUGCAUGAGGUCCAUGCCAAGAAACAAGUUGUUGCAGCAUUCCAUAUUGCUCUCAACUGCACAGAACUGGACCCAGAGUUUCGGCCUAGGAUGAGAACAGUUUCUGAGAGUCUUGAUUGCAUCAAACUGCAAUGA